UUGCAACAGAAAGAUGGAGGCUGAAGAAAGUUGGGAUUUUUCUCUCGUUUUUUCCGAAAAAUUCAUCUCAGAAGAGGUAAAAGGCUAUGUUGUUGAUUGCCUAAAGCGGAAGAAUCUUGAAGUUCGUCAAGAAGUACACGAGGGUCAAACGUUGCUGAGCGUGAGGGCACCAUUCGAUGUUCUUGCUCAGAAGGCUGAGCAAUUAGGUUUUGAAAAAGAAAAAGCCGAUGGGUCUGGGACAUGGGAAUUUUCCCUGGAUCAGCUGGAUAAUUUUGCUGGCUCAGAGAAUAAAGAGACCUUUUUUACCCAAUCAGAAAGAGGAUUUCUUGUCCAUAGCUGCCUUGAUGCUGUUGAUUAUGACAAGAGCAAGUUUGUAUCACUUAAAGUUCAGCUAGGUGCAGAYGCUUUCCUUACUGGCCUUCUGCACUCCAAACCAGCCAUUCUUGAAGCAGCCUAUCCACUCCAUAACCCAGAGUCUCAAGCAAAGCUAUGGAAGAGAAUCAAGGCUAACAUAAUAACUUGUCCUCUACAAGAAAUAAGAGACUAUUUUGGUGAAGGAGUAGCUUUCUAUUUUGGCUGGAUGACAUGUUUUACAUGGAGUCUCUUACCAGUGGCUUUCAUGGGUAUAAUGCUGUAUUUCUUCAAGCCUAAAGAYGUUACAGUGGAUGAUAACCCCCUACUACCAUUUUAUGAAGUGCUAAUGGCAUUUUGGGCGAUUUCCUUUCUUGCAUACUGGAAAAGACAAGAAUCAGAGCUAUCUUAUAAAUGGAAUACAGUGAACGUUGAACACCUUGAAGAAAUCAGGCCAGAGUUUCAUGGGAAGGUGAUUAAAAGUCCCAUCACGGGGAAGCCUAUCAAGUAUUUUCCUCGGUGGAAGAGAUGGCUUCGAUAUGGACUCAGUUUCUUGCUUACGCUUCCUGUCUUGAGCAUUGCUGUUGGUGCCAUGUUAUGCUCACUUAACUUUAAUGGGUACAUAAGAGACAAAGAGAGUCCUGUUUAUUUUGAAGCCUUAUCACGUUUUGCACAACCAGGCCAUAUAUUUGCAGCAGAUAAUAAAUAUUAUGGAUGGAUGAUUCCAACUAUUGGCCAUUCAAUUGUUAUCAACUUACUAAAUACCUURUAUCGUACUGUGGCUCACUUCUGCACUAAUUUAGAAAAUCACAGGACAGAGAGAGAGUGGGACAAUUCACUGAUCACAAAACGUGUCCUGUUUGAAGUGUUUGACUGCUUCAUACCAUUGUUCUACAUAGCAUUCUAUCAAUUAAAUGUAGUGGCUCUGAGAAGGGAGUUGGUUGGAUUAUUUUGGGGUGAUGAGAUUCGUMGACUAGUCACAGAAUCACUUAUCCCGUAUGUAAAAGAGAAAACUCAUAUGUGGAAAACAAAACGUGACUAUGCAAAGACUAAAAAGGAUGGUGACAAAGAGGCUCYCUUAUCUACCCAGGCACAGCAAAAUAAGGUACUAGAGGAGUAUGACCAGUUUGAUGAUUACCUGGAAAUGGUUGUCCAGUUUGGGUAUGUGACUCUGUUUGCGUCAGCCUUCCCAUUAGCAGCAGCUGUCAGCAUUGUGUUUUUGUUUAUGGAAGCAAGAUCCGACCUUUUCAAGCUUGUUUAUGUAUACCAAAAACCACUUGUUAAAAGGGUGUCAAGUAUUGGAGUUUGGUACAAUGUGCUGUACUUGAUGAUGAUUCUUUCCAUGCUGACCAAUAGUCUUAUAGUAGGCUUCUCAUCAGAGCAGCUUGCUUCGUGGUGCCCUUGGAUGUACGAGACCAUCGAUGGCGACCAGUUUAUUAAACCAGGAUAUGGACGAUACGUUGUAGCCAUCGUCUUCAGCUGUGAACAUUUCUUGAUCUUGUGUGCCGUUCUUGCCAAAGUUCUAGUGUCAGACCGACCAAAAUGGGUACGUGUUGCGAUUGAAAGAAAAAACUAUCAGUUGGAAGAGGAACGAAGGACACUUGAGAAGUUGCAAAAACUACAGCUGGGCAAAGAAAUCUUGACGUUUGAUAUUAAGGAAGAAAAAGACUCUGGCGAAGGAGUCAUUAAACGGGAUUUCGAGGAAGAUAUGGAAUUUUGAUGGCUUUAACAAUUGAUAUUUCUACAAUUUUCCGACAGGUUUCUCAGAGUUUUGAUAUUUAUAUAUAAUAGCUUCUGGGGAAGAUGAGUAAACAUUUGUAUAACAGAAACACAGUCAGCGCCCGUCGUACAGAGGUAUUCUUAAUUUAAGUAGGUGUGAUCGGUUGGU